CUAGUACAGUAACAUCUUUGAGAAGUACAUUUUUAGCGGGAGUGGAUUAGUUGUUUACUUCUGAAUUUGAAUACAUGGAAUAGUGAAUUUGUCAUCACGGAAAUCCCAGAGGUGUCUACGUAAUGGGAGAAAGCGGAACAAAUGACAGUGAGGACAGUUUCAAAAACCUGGCCACUGAAGAGAAAAGGUGCAAAGUUAGUGAUUCAGGAACGGAGACAGCUGUGGCGGUUGUUUCAAAAGAUGAUGAUAAGAAGCCAGGAGCUACCGAUCCUACAAAAGCUGUUGAAAGAGAGGGACACUGCUACUGUGGCAAGGAUCGUAAUUUGAAUAUUGUCGAACUUCUGUGCGCAAGCUGCAUGAGAUGGUUUCAUGAAUCGUGCAUCGGUUAUCAACUUGGUAAACUUGUGCCAUUCAUGGUCAAUUACUACUUUGUAUGCAAGAAUUGCUCACCUACAGGCCUGGAAAGUUUUAAGAAGAACCAAGCAGCUUUUCCACAGAUGUGUAUAACAGCAAUAGGAAAUCUACAACAAGCCAGUGUGAAAGAUGGCACUUGUCGCACUACGUUCUCCAAAGACAAAGACAUUAUACCAUUCAUUGAAGCUCAUUGGGAGGGCAUGACUACUAUGCCCCGGCGAGUUACUCAGUCAUGGCACACAACUAUACAACGAGCAUUGACCAAAGAUGUAGGCUCACUUUUCACAUGUGAAGAAUCUUCUGAUGAUGGAAAUGACUUAUUAUAUGGCCUAUUGGGUUUGGAGCUGACAAAUAUAAAGCCAAACUAUGAGGCAAUGAUUCGUGGUGGUCACUUGAAGAUCACAGAUUCUGGAAUUCAGCCAGUUCAAGCAGGUACUGGAGUGAAAGGUCGGAGCUCAAAAAGAAAAGUUUCUGACCAGUCUUCUAAGCGAGGGAGAAGUGGUGGUGAUUCAGCAGCGCCAAAGCUUCCGGCACAUGGCUAUCCUCUGGAACACCCAUAUAACAAAGAUGGUUACCGUUAUAUUUUAGCUGAACCUGACCCACAUGCUCCAUUUCGGCAGGAAUUUGAUGAGAGUAGCGACUGGGCUGGUAAACCAAUACCUGGAUGGCUAUAUCGUGUGGUCAGCCCCAGUACAGUGUUGUUAGCAUUGCAUGAUCGGGCACCACAGCUCCACAUUUCAGAGGAUCGCUUGGCUGUCACUGGAGAGAAAGGCUACUGUAUGGUUAGAGCAACACACUCUGUUACUGCGGGUAUCUGGUAUUACGAAGCUACUAUAGAGGAUAUGCCAGAAGGCUCAGCAACAAGGAUUGGAUGGGGCCAAAAUUAUGCAAAUCUGCAGGCACCCCUGGGAUAUGAUAAAUUUGGGUAUUCAUGGAGAUCUAGGAAAGGGACACGCUUUCAUGAUUCUCGUGGAAAGCAUUACAGCCUUGCAUAUGAAGAAGGAGAUGUACUUGGAUUUUUAAUUAUAUUGCCAGAGUCAGAAGUGGGCAAUUACAUUCCUCCUACUUACAAAGAUAAGCCUCUGGUGAAAUUCAAAAACCACCUUUAUUAUGAGGACAAGGACAGGGUCACCGAAUGCCUGAAGAGUUUGAAGCCUGUAAAAGGAAGCAAGAUAGUUUUCUUUAAAAAUGGAGUUAACCAAGGUCCAGCAUUCAUAGACAUUUAUGGAGGAGCUUAUUAUCCAUCAGUAUCCUUACAUAAAAAUGCAACAGUAUCAUUCAACUUUGGACCAAAUUUUAAGUAUCCUCCAAAAGAUUAUAUGUAUAGACCAAUGUCAGAGAAAGCAAAGGAAGCUUUGGCCGAACAAACAAUAGCAGAUUUGAUGUACCUGACAGAAAAUGAAGGACGACUGCGCUUAGAUGUAUAUUCAACACUGUGAAAGCAUUUUUUUUCUUUUCUUUAAAAAUUACCAUUAAUAUUUUGAAAACUGUUUUAUAUUUGUGGAACUUCAGAUAAUACGCUACUGAAAAAUCUUGGAUAUAAUUCAAACAAUAAAAUAAAUGAAGAUAAAAAUCA